AUGAGCAACGACAAUGUUAAGCAAGCGCCCUCUAUCGGUAUACGACAUCUACAAAUGCUGCUGAUAUUUUUAAUUAUAAAAGUAAAUGUUUUUAUGCGACUUUCGGUUAGCGUAACGCUGCUGGCUAUGACCACAAGCUAUAAACACAAAACUGCGGAGUUUGAUUGGACAGAGGCGGAAAAGUCUUAUGUACUCUCCAGUUUCUAUUGGGGAUAUUUAGUGAGCAGCUUUUUGGGCGGUUUCCAAGUGCGUCGUUUUGGCGUUAGGCUAACGCUAUUGGUUAUGACUCUAAGCUGUGGCCUGUUCACCAUUAGCAUACCCUGCUGCAUUAGCUGGGGCGGCUGGCAAGCCUUCUGUGCCAUACGCAUACUGCUGGGCUUACUACAAGGCGCUCUCUACCCAGCAGCGCAUCAACAUUUGUCCAAAUGGUGCCCGCCCAAGGAACUCAAUCGCCUGGGCACCUUCGCCUAUAUGGGCUGCUACUGCGGCACACUUCUGUCAAUGAUGAGUGGCUACAUAGCUAGCGCUUGGGGCUGGCGCGGCAUCAGCUACGUCUCAGCAGCGCUCAGCGGCGUGGUCGCGUUGCUUUGGUGGCUCUUCAGUGCGAACAAUGCGCCCAGCAGUCGUCUCAUUGGCAAGCAGGAGCUCGAGUACAUUGAGCGCUCUAUGCUCAGAGAGCAAGGCUUUCAUACACAUAGAAUACCCAUACCCUGGCGUGCUAUACUCACCUCAGCGCCUUUCAUAUCGCUGACCAUUGUGUCUACAGCUGAAAGCUGGUUCAAUGCAAUGUUGCUCACCCAAACAAACUCCUAUCUGCAUGGAGUUUUAGAGCUGAGCCUUAAAGGCAAUGCUCUGCUCUCCUCGCUGCCUUCUCUAGUCAAAUGGCUCAUGUCCUAUGUAUGCAUUUGCUUUGCUGAUCUGUCCAAUGCACGCAAUUGGAUGGCACAUACUACGCUGGCUAAGCUGCUGAAUACCAUUGCUACGUGGGGACCUGCUUUGGCUCUAAUUGGCAUUGGACUGCUGGACAAGCAGCAUACAGAGCUCGCUGUGGCGCUGCUAACACUCAAUUCAGCGUUAAGUGCAGGCACAAACAUCGGCAGCAAUAUGCCUGUUGCCAGUAUGUCGCCCAAUCACAGCUCCAUACUUUUAUCCAUUUUGAAUGGCACUUCCAAUGUGUUUGCCUUGUUUGCUCCCCUAUUGGCGGGUGCAAUUGUCACGCAUACUACCUCACGUGCUCAAUGGCAAAUUGUGUUUGCUUUGACGUCGCUCAUAUUGUUCGUGGGUAACUUGGUUUACAUCAUUUGGGGAUCUGUUGAAAUGCAGCCCUGGGAUGCGCUGGACUUUCUAAAGCAGCCAAACAAAGUGUUGCAAAGAAACCCACAACAAAUUUAG